CCUUACAAUUAUAGAAGCAGUAAGCCAUUCAAAUUACUACAAAAUAGAAAGAAGAAAAUAUGGGAAUUGGGAACCAGGAAGUGAUGAAAGAAGUGAAGAGGCAGCUGUGGUUAGCAGUGCCUCUCUUCUCAGUUGGAAUUCUGCAAUUCAUUCUUCAAACCAUCUCUUUGAUGUUUGUUGGCCACCUUGGUACCCUUCCUCUCUCUGGUGCUUCCAUGGCCACUUCCUUUGCAUCGGUCACUGGCUUCAACUUAUUGUUGGGGUUAGCUACUGCACUGGACACAUUUUGUGGUCAAUCAAAUGGGGCAGGACAGUACCAUAUGCUUGGAAUACACAUGCAAAGAUCCAUGGUUGUUGUUUUAACGAUGAGUGUGUUCCUUGCCAUCAUUUGGGCCAACACAGAACCAAUUCUGAAUGCUAUGCACCAAGACAAAGCCAUAUCCAAGGAAGCUGGCUCCUAUGCGCGUUACAUGAUCCCGAGUUUAUUUGCAUAUGGUCUUCUUCAGUGCAUUCUCAAGUUCUUGCAAACCCAAAACGUUGUGUUCCCAAUGGUGCUAACUUCUGGAAUUGCAGCUAUGUUUCAUGUCCUUUUGUGUUGGCUUUUGGUUUUCAAGUCAAGGCUUGGAAGCAGAGGAGCAGCUUUGGCCAAUUCCAUAUCUUACUGGCUUAACGCAAUCUUCAUUUCUCUCUAUGUGAGGUUCUCUUCUUCAUGCAAACAAUCUUGGACAGGCUUUUCAAACAUGGCCCUGCACAACCUACUUGAAUUCCUUAAACUCGCUGUUCCUUCAGCUCUUAUGCUAUGCUUAAAAGUCUGGACAUUUGAAUUGAUGCUCCUCGUGGCUGGACUUCUUCCUAACCCAGCAAUAGAAACUUCAGUGCUUUCAAUAUGCCUUAAUACAUUUGGUUUAGCUUGGAUGAUCCCUUUUGGAUUCAGUGCUGCUGUAAGUGUAAGGGUGUCCAAUGAAUUGGGGGGUGGAAAUGCAGAAGCAGCGAGUGUAGCAGUAGCGGUGGUGUUAGUGAUGGUGUUGAUUGAAGGGGUGAUAUUAGUUUCAGCGAUGAUUCUACUUCGGAAUGCGUGGGGACAUGUUUAUAGUAAUGACAAAGAUGUAAUCAGAUACGUCUCAGUCAUGAUGCCAAUUUUGGCCGUUUCAAGCUUCCUAGAUGGCUUCCAAAGUGCACUUUCAGGCAUUCUUGCAGGAUGUGGGUGGCAGAAGAUUGGUGCCUGUGUCAAUCUUGGAUCAUUUUAUCUUAUAGGGGUUCCUUGUGCUAUAGUACUAGCAUUUCCACUACACAUGAAAGCCAAGGGGCUCUGGUUAGGGAUCAUUUCUGCAUUUAUUGUGCAAGUGUUGUUUUACGUACUCAUUACUUUUCGAACUAAUUGGGAGGAACAAGCACAGAAAGCUCAAAGAAGAGUUGAGCGCUCAACCAUCUCGCCAACUACUCAGGACAACGAAUUACCACGGCAAAAGUUGGAACUAGUUCCCUAAUUAAAUUAUGGUUAUUGGUUUUAUUAUUCUGAUCGCAGAAACUGCCACCAACUGAUAGUAAUUAUUAAGUAACUCGUUAAUUAUUCAUUAGCAUUGACGAAUCUUCCAUUUACACUACGCAGU